CUCUGACUGCAUGCAUGCACUUAUCUUAAUUUUUUGCGUCUAAGUAAAGUAUACCUACCUACUUGAAAUAGUUGAAGUUUCUAUAACUAAACUCGUUUCGUUCAUCAUACGUAUGUGUGUAUAGGUUUAAGUCCGUGCGUAGUUCGGUUAUAAAAAUUAAUAAGAAUAUUUAUCAACGUCAGUGAGUGUAAAUACCUAGGUACUCAUAAUAAGUUGAAGUGAGUGAAAGGGUGCAUGUGUUACUGUGAUACAAACUUGUUUACAAAAUAACACGCGAAUCCAUCAUAUUAAUUUCGGCUCGGUGCUUCUAGUAACCUCAAAAGCAUGUCGAAAGCCGUAGCGAAAAAAGCUGCUCCGCGGAAAAAAGGAGCCAACGGUUACAAGCUGCCCGAUCCGAUACCCAAGGGCACGGUCCUGACGGACCUCAAGAAGCAGCAAUGGAUCAUCGGCUCAUCUAUCGGUGUCGGUGGCUUUGGAGAAAUUUACUCUGCUUCACCAUACUCUGGAAAGACACCCUCAGAUUACUCCGCAGUCGUCAAAAUCGAACCGCAUGGCAAUGGACCUCUUUUUGUGGAAAUGCAUUUUUACAUGAGGAAUGCUUCUCCUAAUGACAUUAACAAUUGGAAAAAAGAAAAGAAACUCUCAUGCUUUGGCAUGCCACCAUUCCUUGGCUCGGGCAGUCAUGAAUUACACAAUACAAAGUACAGAUUUGUUGUAAUGGAGCGCUAUGGUACAGAUUUGUGGAAAUUAUUUUUGGAAAAUGGAAGAAGGUUCCCAGAACCUACAGUUUAUAAAGUGUCGUGGCAAAUUAUAAAUGUUUUAGAGUAUAUUCACCAUAGGACCUAUGUGCAUGCAGAUAUAAAGGGAGCCAAUUUAUUGCUUGACUUGAAGUCCCAAAAUCAAGUUUAUUUGGUUGAUUUUGGUCUAGCUUCACAUUACACAACAAAAGAUUACAAAUUAGAUCCCAAAAAAGCUCACAACGGCACCAUUGAGUACACUAGCAGAGAUGCACAUAUGGGAGUGCCAACCAUGAGAGGUGAUUUUGAAAUAUUAUUGUACAAUAUGAUUCAAUGGCAGUGCAGCACCUUGCCGUGGGAAAAAAAUUUAAGUGAUCCAUCAUGGGUUCAACAGCAAAAAGAAAGUGCAUUGAAAAAUCAUCAAAAAUUUUUAAAAGAUUGCUUUUCAAAUGCAGAAAUACCAGAAACCAUUAGUCAAUUUACAGCAUUAUUAGUAUCAAUGAAAUAUAACGAUACCCCAAAUUAUGAUAAGUUUAGGGAAAUACUAGUUAAAGGAUUAAAAAAAUUCAAUCAAUCUCCUACUGAUAAGUUAGAUUUCUCCUCCAAAAAAUCUCUUGAAAAGUCAGUAGCAACACCAAAAAAAACACCAAGAUCGAAAAAAAUCAUUCCAGCUGAAGAGGAGGCUUCACCUCAAAAGCGAGCAAAACCAACUCCUGUAAAAACAAGUUCGAAACCUAAGCGAAAUAAGUUGCUUUUAGAUGAUACUUUAAAUAAUAGUAUUGAUUCAGUUAUUUUAGACGAAAAGUGCAUGACUGGAAAAGAUAUACGAAAACAGUUACUGAAGAAUAUUGAUGGUGAUGCGGAGUAUGAAAUACAAAUCAAGAAAAGAAAAACACGAGGGAGCGCAACUGAUACUCCAAGAAAAAAAGCUGCAAAAAGAGUGCCGAAAAAAGUAGAAAAAUCCGUCAAUACGUCAUGCACUGAUUCCGAACCAGAGGUUGUUAUAAAAGGAACUAAAUCUCGUCCUGUGAAAACAGCUGUGGCUCAGAAGAAGAAUGGAGUACAAAAACGACCAUCAGGCAAAAAAACUGAAUAUGACAGUGAAAAGGAUAUGUUUGAUGAGAGCCUUGAUAAUUAAAGUUGAGUUAAAAGUGAAACGAAUUUGACUUGUACAAAAUUGUUGUUAAAACAAAAUCUAAGAAAACGCUACUGAAACUAUUGUAAUAAGCUAAAAUUUUCGCUGCAGUAGGGUGAGCAGUGAAGUGUCGAAUGAACUUAUAAAGUUAACCCUUUGCUGUUCGUAAAAAAUAUUUUAUAAUUAUGAAAUACGGCUAGCCAACUUAGAAAAAUACCGUUUAUUUUUAUUAUAUACUGUUUAAUAAAUAUUUUACAAUUUGUAUAUCUUCGAGAUAUAAUUAUACAAGUUAAUAUUAGACACAC